AUGUUCAAUUAUGUCAGAUGGUUGGACAUAUGGAAAGAGAGGCGUCUUAUCAAUUUUUUGGUGAAUAGUCCUGUUGGCACUUGGUUUAUGAAAUCAAUUGAUGCUUCUGAUACAAUAAAAAUCGGGGAAUUGAUGUUCAAAUAUCUUGAUGAGGUGGUUAAAGAAAUUGGAGAGGAGAAUGUUGUGCAAGUCAUCACUGAUAAUGCCUCUAAUUAUGUGAAUGCUGGAAUGAGGCUUAUGGAAAAAAUGAGAAAGUUGUGGUGGACUCCUUGUGCUGCUCAUUGUAUUGAUUUGACGUUGAAGGAUAUUGGAAAGCUAAAUGUUCAUGCUACUACACUAUCUCGAGCUAGGCAAGUAGUGAAGUUCAUAUAUGGGCAUACUUGGGUUUUUAGCUUGAUGAGAACAUUUACAAAAAAUCAUGAUCUUCUUCAUCCAGCAAUUACACGAUUUGCCACUGCAUUUCUUACUCUCCAAAGUCUUUAUAAGCAAAAGCAAUCUCUUAUAGCAAUGUUCUCCUCAGAAAAAUGGUAUUCAAGCACAUGGGCUAAAAAGGUAGAAGGUGUGAAAACUCGAAGUACAAUGUUGUUUGAUCAAAAUUUUUGGCUUCAUGUUGCUUUUUGCAUAAAGACCACUAUUCCAUUAGUUAGUGUCUUGAGAGAGGUUGAUUCAGAGGAAAGACCAACCAUAGGUUAUAUUUAUGAGUUGAUGGAUUCAACUAAGGAGAAGAUUGCAUUUAAUUGUCGGGGUGUGGAGAGAAAAUAUGGCCCAAUUUGGAGAAAAAUUGAUGCAAGAUGGACUCCGCAACUUCAUCGACCUUUACAUGCAGCGGGUUAUUAUCUUAAUCCUCAAUUGCAGUAUGGAGAUAAGUUCUCUAAUGCUAAUGAGGUGAGGAAGUGA